CUACAGUAUCAAUCCCUCUGAGACUUUGGAAGCUUCCAAAAAAGGACUUUGCAAAGUGCUUGUAAGACAUGAAAAUUUGAAAUUGGAGAGCCAGCUGCUACUUGUUAUUGGAGCAUAACCAAGGGCUCGGAAGUGCAUAGAGAGAUAGAGCAUGAGCCUCCUCCGAAGAGUAAACGCAGGCUUACCUCAAGCUAUUGGAUUUACAAGAAGACCCUUCAAAUCUCUUAAAUUCGCUGGCGAGUCCCUCGACGCCUCUGCCUCCCCUGCUCUCCUCCAUGGGAUUCACGUCUUCCAUUGUCCUGAUGUGCUCGGCAUUGUGGCAAAGUUAUCCGAGUCUAUAGCUUCAAGAGGGGGAAACAUAUUGGGUGCCGACAUCUUUGUCCCUGAAAAUAACCAAGUCUUCUAUUCCAGAAGUGAAUUUGUCUUUGAUCCUGCUAAAUGGCCACGGGUGCAAAUGGAAGAGGACUUCCUGAAGCUGUCAAAGAUGUUCAAUGCGAUGAGGUCCGUUGUUCGUGUGCCUGCUCUUGAUCCCAAAUACAAGAUCUCAGUUCUUGCUUCAAAGCAGGACCAUUGCCUGGUUGAUUUGUUGCAUGGGUGGCAGGAUGGAAGACUCCCAGUGGAUAUUUCUUGCAUAAUAAGUAAUCAUGAAAGAGGAUCAGACACCCAUGUCAUUCGAUUUCUUGAAAGGCAUGGAAUCCCAUAUUAUUGUUUGCAUACAACUAAAGGGAAUAAGAGAGAGGCUGAGAUAUUGGAUUUGGUACAAGAUACUGAUUUUAUAGUCCUUGCCAGAUACAUGCAGCUAUUAUCUGGAGAUUUUUUAAGUAGUUAUGGAAAGGAUGUUAUUAACAUCCACCAUGGUCUUUUGCCAUCAUUCAAGGGCGGGAAUCCAUCUAAACAGGCCUUUGAUGCUGGUGUGAAAUUAAUUGGUGCAACAAGUCACUUUGUGACUGAAGAACUUGAUUCAGGACCUAUUAUUGAACAGAUGGUUGGGAGGGUUUCACACAGAGAGAAUUUGCACAGCUUUAUACUGAAAUCAGAGAACCUUGAGAAACAGUGCCUUGCGAAGGCAAUAAAAUCUUACUGUGAAUUGCGGGUGCUGCCGUACGGAGAAAACAAGACAGUUGUCUUCUGAGGGGAGGUAGAUGACAACUUGAAGUUCAAAGGUACAAUUGGUAUGUACAUCUGAUUGUGCUUUUAAAUUGCUCAAUACAAGUUUUCCCAUGUUGAGCUAUUAGCCUAUCCCAUAAUUUUGAUUCUGUGUUAAACUUUGACUUUGCUAAUACUGAAUCAAACACCAUUGCGGGGAAAAAACAAUUAAUGAGAGGAUCGCUGAGUGUUCCUUUUUCUCGCUUUUAUCAUUCUAGAAGAUUUUUGGCAGAGGAGUAGAGUGCUGUUUGUGUUCAUGUAAAGGAGCUUGAUAUUCUUUUGACAAGGUUAUCUGCAGCUACUAACAGGUUAUUAGUUAGCCGUUUAGUGGCUUCAAUUGGGAUAAAAGGCCAUUAAGUUGCGGUUCAUUUCUAUAUAUUGUGGAUAGAUGCAUAAUGAAGUUUACCCCUAUACUGCUCCUAUACUGCUCUAUGGAUUUAAGGUCAAUUACGGAGAAAUCAUGACAUUUCGUGGUUCCAUUUGUUUAAUUUUUCUCGAGAAAAGGUGUACGUAAAAGUAAAUGACGGCUGAGAGGAAAACUGGAUAGGACUUUCUUAGGAGUGCAAAAAAUAUUUUCACUUGUAUAACAGGAGAAUGCUUUCUUUGAAAAACUAUAACCCCCCGUAAUGUUGCGAUCCCAAUUGUGUUACUUCCCACCUAUUGUCGAAGUAUCGGAUGAACCCUGACUAUUAAACCAAGUAUGUCUACAAACUAGUCAUGUACUCUUAGUAAUGUUUAAGAAUUUGAUAGAGCGCUCAUCAUCUUCAAUGCUACACGCUUGACGAAGAAGGUUUCGAAUCCCAUCUACCCAAUUCUGCUUAUGGAUCUUGUUCUUGCACUUGAACUCUAGAAGACCCUGUCCUGUUUUGACUCCAAAAUAGACUUCCAUUUGAUCCCUUUCCUUUCUGAAUGGCCAUGCCGAGGUCUCAUCACAGAGUCCAUAAACAAGACCUGGUACCGAUACAUGAUGUCAGAAACGAAUCAGAAAUAGAAGGUAAGAGGGAUUUUUGGAAUUCUACGUGUGUUUUUUGAAGUGAAGGUAAAACAGAAGAAAUAUCCGGAACACAUUUAAUUGCUCUAGUAUUGGUCUGGAAUUUUAGACUGAAGAGUGCUUACAUUUGUUCUUCUUGGUGAAGGCUCCUCCUACAUGUUUGCUUUUGAUCUUAAUCAUGACCUGAGAUUUCUUGUUGAUAUAGACAGAAACACGCUUCCAUCGCAACACACCUGAGAAAAAUUUCCAUGAGAAUGAAUCAGACUUGGCAGUAAAGUGAUUCGUAUCCCAAAUUAAUUGCACUCUUGGACUGUAAGAAAUAAAUUAAAAGGAAAAAAGUGAUAAGCUAUGGUGUGAACUUAAAGGUUCUGAGGUCUAUUGGGGACCUAUUAAACUACAGAUGGAUGUAGUUCUGUUAGAAUCAUCAAUGUCAGGCGAAACCAAAAAGUUUACAGGUAUGCAAAUAUUAUCACCAGCAGGAGUCUCGUGAAAACAUUACAUUUCAGGAUUGUGAACAAAACAAUCUACAUGUUUUGUUAGUUAUGCAGAAUUUUAUUUAUGUUGAUUUUUAUGCCUCUUCACGGGGACAGGAUCUGUAGAGAUAGGAAAGUGCAAAUGGAGUAGAUGAACCUGAUUAAGCUUUGGAUGGGGAAGUACCUUUUCGCGUGUGUUGCAACAAGUCGCCUAUAAAACGAGGAUCCUGCUCUUCAAUUUCACUAUAGAAAUUAGCAACCCUAUGAGAUUCUGCCAUGCCCUUGUCAUAAGGGCUUAUAGCUGCAUUCUUCUUUGCUUCUUUUGGCAAUCGCGCUUUAAGAGCUGCUUCUCCUCGCAAAGCUUAUUGAAAAGCCAAACAAAUUGACAUUAAUGGGUGGCUUAUUGAAAUUCUUUAUGAUAACAAAAGUUGCACGUCUUUGCCAAAAUUAUACACCUAUAUUGUGGUACAGUUUUUUGGUAAUUCGGAACACAUCCCACCAAUAGGUUGCGUGGCCGCACUGUAAACUGGAGCCCCCUUUUUCAGCUAUAUCACGCAAGCGAAAGGGUGACUUAAAUGAUUGUGCUCUUGGUGGGAGUUCUAAGAGAGUCGAUCAAGACACUUGUGCUUCUUAGGCACUUCUGUUCUGCCCUCUUUAACACUUGAGCUAACCCUUUUGGUUAAAUGUUCAAGGCAUUUAUUACUCAGUGGAUGAAUAAGUGGUCGAUGAUAUAGAACCAGAACUCUUUAUGUGACAUUCUGGAACCAAGAUCACAAUCCAUGGUUCAGAGACUCAUUUAAAUGUGUACCCUGGAUAAGUGUUUGAGAGAUAUCCAAUGGGCCAUAUGCCUAGUUAGACAUUCAUCUUACAAUAACAGUUUGUAAACGGAAUUCACCAAACCACAAUCUAUGCCCAAUUGCAUGAGAACUGUGUAUCCUGUAAAAUAAUACGACCAUACUGAAGAAUAUGAAUAUUUUGCUGUGCCCCAUGUGCUUUAGGUGUAAAUGAGAUGACUAUGAUAUAAACACUCAGGCCUACCUAGCAUAUGCAACAUAGACGAAGAUACAAAAUAAACUGAUGGAAUACCUGUUGCAGCUCCAGCAGUUAGUGUCACUAUGUCGCUUGGACCUCGAAUGUUUACUGCCGAUCGGACAACAGAAGCCACACAAUCGUGAUCAACCCCAGCUGAUUCAGCCAUCUCGAUGCAAUGGGAUGCCAGGAGCUCUGUAGCCGAUGUCAAAGCCGCGCUCAUUUUUGAGCCUGGGCCUUUGGAGUUAUCUGCUGCAGCCACCGCAGCCAAUGCUGAAGCUAGUCCAGCAACAGAGAGAGCAGCGUGCGUUCGUGCAUUUUCUACUCUCGCUUUGUCUUUCUUCUUUAGGGUGCUGUUGUUAUAGUCCUUUUGGUGGAACCACCUACCUAUUGACCCCGUUCUCCUAGCGUUGAAAGAUUUUGUUACCUUGCCUGACUGCAAAAGGCACAGAGGAAUAAGAGAAGGUGCAUUACUAUUUCCUCCA